AUGGUCAACUCUUGUUGUGGUUCCAUCUGCUCUGACCAGGGCUGUGGCCAAGAGACCUGCUGCCGCCCCACCUGCUGCCAGACCACCUGCUGCAGGACCACCUGCUGCCGCCCCAGCUGCUGUGUGUCCAGCUGCUGCAGGCCCAGCUGCUGUGGAUCUAGCUGCUGCGGUUCCACCUGCUGUCGCCCCUCUUGCUGUGGUUCUAGCUGCUGCCGCCCCACCUGCUGCCAGACCACCUGCUGCAGGACCACCUGCUGCCGCCCCAGCUGCUGUGUGUCCAGCUGCUGCAGGCCCAGCUGCUGUGGAUCCAGCUGCUGUGGUUCCAGCUGCUGCCGCCCCAGUUGCUGUGGUUCUAGCUGCUGCCGACCCUCUUGCUGUGGUUCUAGCUGCUGCCGCCCCACCUGCUGCCAGACCACUUGCUAUAGAACAACGUGCUGCCGCCCCAGCUGCUGUGGUGGUUCUUGUUGCUGA